CGUAAUGCAAGCCCCAUAAUGCCCAUGAUUGACGUGCCCUCACACAUACGUGUCUUCUUUCCAUUGGUUUAUUUUCCCUCCUCAGAAUUCAGUCUUAACUGCACUUAAAGCCAAGAAAACACCGGUUACUCCAAUCAUCUCUCAAUAGGAAAUUUGUGUUUCUUUCCUUCCCUCUAAAACCCAAAUUUUCAAUGAAAAUUCCAUUUUGGAGAUUGUAGAAUUGUGAUCUUCCAAUUUUGAUUGAGUAAAUUAGUAAAAAGAAGUAUGGUUGAAGGAGUGGAGAGCAGUGACGAUGUACUUCCAAGACAUACGAAAGUGGUUGUGACUGGUUCUUACAAAUGGAAUAGAGGUGAAACUACAGAGGAAUGCAUUAAGUGUGAUUGAAGCUCCUACUGGUAAUGAGGAUGAUGGUGACCUUGAAUUUGAAACUGUACAGUGGAAUGGUAUAUUUUUCCUUGUCUGGUUAUUCCCUUUUGGCUCACUACCUAAAACAACGUGUUCGUGCUAUUUCUUUAGCAUCUGAUGAUACUCAAAAGUUUCAUAGAUCAAGGAAUCACAUGCAUAAAUCAUCUGGAUAUUCUCACAAGACCUUGAGCCGCUCCUUCUCGUGUAACUCACAGUUGAAGGGAUCUAUUUCUAUCCCUCAGGGAACCAUGAAAGUUUUCAAUUGUGUUAUUGUUUUACAGUAUUAUUCUGCUACUUCCCAGCCACUCUCAGUUAUUUCGAGUAAUUAUUUUUCAAGACCAACUUUAAACUUUACAAACAUUUUACUCAUAGUUGCUUGUUGGCUCUUUCAAAUUAUAUGGAGAAAUUAUUUUUCAAAACUAACUAAUGUACAGAACGUUGACCUUAGCAAACUUGAGAUGGCUGCACUAUGGAGAUAUUGGCAACACUUUAACCUUAUGGAUGCCAUACCUAACCCCUCUAAAGAGCAACUAAUUGAUGUUGUCAAGAGGCAUUUCACAUCACAGCAAUUGGACGAGUUGCAGGUUAUUGUGGGUUUUGUGCAGGCCGCCAAAAGAUUGAAGACACUCCGCAAAUGACUCAACUGACCCAUCGUAUAUGCCCCUAAUGCUAACAAAUAGCGGUACCUUUGCUUUGUGUCCGCUAUCCAUGGCAGUAAUAUCUGCAGUAUAUAUUAUUAUGCUUCUACCGUCUAUCCCUUCUUGCUUUUGUGAGUUGGUGAGAUCUUAUCUUACAUUUAGAGGCUUUAUCUUAUUUUUAGUUGUAGCUUUCUGUAGAUAAAUGAACUUCUGGACUGACCAUGGUUGAAUGUGUUUCCCACGAAUGGAGGAAGUACUAGUACUUAUCACAUGUAUAGACUGAUGACUCAACUGUAAAUCAUCAUUCAACGUUUGAUCGUGGUGUAUUAGCUUCUUCUAAUGUAACUGACCCUUCAUUUCCCUA